UCAAUAAAAAAAUAUUCAGGCAAAUGCAAGCUUAUGCUUCUUUUCUAUUCUUUUGAUUCAUAAGAAAUAGUAUAUAUAGCCUGCAAGAAAAGCAUACGAGUAAUGGGUAGCAAAGCAAAAAACUGGAAGGAUUUGAGUGGCCAGAGAAACUGGGAAGGUCUGUUGGAUCCUCUCCACAAUGAUCUGCGCCGCUAUAUCAUUCAUUAUGGAGAAAGAGCUGAAGCCGUCGCUGAUGCUUUCAAUGGCCUGGCAAUAUCAAAAGGUUAUGGAAAAAGCCGAUAUCCAAUGGAAGGUUUCUUUUCCUAUGUGGGUUUGGAAAAUGGCAAUCCAUACAAAUAUAAAGUAACUAGCUUUAUUUAUGCAAAAUCAGAAAUCAAAAUAUUAAACUGGGUUCACGGUGAAUCCUCUUGGAUUGCUUAUGUGGCUGUGGCCACUGAUGAAGGAAAGGCUGAGCUAGGAAGAAGGGAUAUUUUGAUCUCGUGGAGAGGAACCAAGACUGACCUGGAAAAGCUUGAAGAUCUUGAUCUUUUGCCAGUCUCAGCUUCAGAUAUACUUGGAAAAGCUAAUGAUCCGAAAGUUCAUAAAGGCUUUCUCUCAGUCUACUCAGCAAAUGAUUCCAACUCCAUUUACAACAAGAGCAGCGCUAGAGAGCAGGUGAUAAAAGAGGUCAAGAAACUGGUGGAGAAAUACAAGAACGAGGAAGUCAGUAUAACUGUUACAGGCCAUUGCGUGGGAGCAGCAGUUGCAACACUCAACGCAGUGGAUAUUGCAGCCAAUGGACAUAACAAGCCCACAGGCCAACCAGACAAGGCGUUUCCUGUCACAGCCAUCGUGUUUGCUAGCCCCCGAACUGGAGAUAAAGGCUUCAGACAAGUCUUUGAAGGACUCAAAGAUGAUCUUCAUGUCCUGAGGAUUUCUAAUUCUCAUGAUCCUGUUCCUAAACUUCCUGUUGGUUUUGGUUAUGUUCAUGUUGGCGAGGAGUUGGAGAUCGACUCUACCAAAUCGCCAUAUUUAAAAGAUGGCAAUAAAUGCAAACUAGUACAUGAAUUGGAGGUUUACCUUCAUGGAGUUGCAGGGACGCAAGGGAGUGAAAAGGAAUUCGAGUUUGCCAUUGAUAGAGAUAUAUCACUCGUAAAUAAAACAACAGAUGGUCUAAAAGAUGAAUUUCAAGUUCCAGAUCAUUGGUGGAUAGAGAAGAACAAAUCUAUGAUUCAAGAGGAUGAUGGUUCCUGGAAGUUGGAUGAUUAUGUUUCAGAUCCUCCAAGUCCAUGAAAACUAUGGGGAAUUAUGUUUAAGGUUAUGAUGUUAGUAAUUUAAGAAUGCAGCUAAUAAACAGACGAUUUCUACAACGCCAAAUUGUAUCAUUACC